CUUGGAGAUCUUGAAGCGAUUGUAUCGCUGUUGCCAAGCGACGCGCUGAUGAUGGAGGACCGUUACGACGUUCUUGGGUGUAAAAGUCAGUGAGCCCAGCGAUAGCUGCGAGCUGCUAACCAGUCAGGUAACGUAAACAACCCCUGCCAUCUCAUGAGAGACAGCACCGAGCACGAAACAGCCUGAUGAAAACGUUCAGCACUCGACUGGAGGCUUUAAACGAACGCAAACGUCAAUAAACGGAAUGCCUGAGACAUAAAAUCUACAGAAAAUGAUGUAGCAAGCUAACUUUAGCCGUCUGCCUAGCGCGAUCUGCUCAAACCAUGGACUGUGACGGAUUUGGAGUCCCUUGUCCUCUGCCUAGUUUGGACUCACAGGACGAUGCCAAAGACCCAGGGCUGCACACCUUCAGUCACACACACAUGAGCAAAGCCUUUCGGCUCAUGAAUGACUUGAGAAGUCGGAGGAUGCUUUGUGACGUUCUGCUGGUGGCGGGUGAAGUGGAGGUACCAGCACACAGAGUAGUUUUAGCAUCCUGCAGUCCUUACUUCUGCGCCAUGUUCACAGGUGACAUGAGUGAAAGCAAGGCUCACCAUGUGGAGAUCAGGGAUGUUGAUGGACAGACGCUCUUGAAGCUGGUGGAUUAUAUUUACACUGCCGAGAUCGAAGUGUCUGAGGAUAAUGUUCAGGUGUUGCUCCCAGCUGCCAGCCUGCUGCAGUUGAUGGAUGUUCGACAGGUUUGCUGCGACUUCCUGCAGACGCAGCUUCAUCCCACCAACUGCCUGGGCAUCCGAGCGUUCGCUGACCUUCAUGCCUGCACAGGACUGCUCAGCCAGGCCCACGCUUACGCCGAGCAGCACUUCACAGAUGUCAUGGUGAGUGAGGAGUUCAUGGCCCUCUCCUUGCAGCAGGUGUGCAGUCUGAUCUCCAGUGACAAACUGACCGUGUCCACUGAAGAGAAGGUGUUUGAAGCCAUGAUCGCCUGGAUAAAGCACGAUAAAGAGGCCCGUCUUGAGCACAUGCCUAAACUCAUGGAACAUGUUCGACUGCCGCUGCUGUCCAGAGAUUACCUGGUUCAGAUUGUAGAGGAGGAGCCCUUAAUAAAAAACAACAACACUUGUAAGGACUUUCUCAUUGAGGCGAUGAAGUACCACCUUUUACCUGCAGACCAGCGGCACCUUAUAAAGACUGACAGAACCAGACCACGCACACCAGUCAGUCUGCCGAAGGUGAUGAUGGUCGUAGGGGGUCAGGCACCUAAAGCCAUCCGCAGCGUGGAGUGCUAUGACUUUCAAGAGGACCGCUGGUACCAGGUGGCCGACUUACCCUCCAGACGCUGUCGAGCAGGUUGUUCUCUGUUCUGUCCCUCAUCUCUAAAUGGGUUUUUCUCUUGGUCUUACCCUCUCCGUGCGUGUCAUGUAGGUGUGGUGUACAUGGCCGGUAAGGUGUAUGCGGUGGGGGGAUUUAACGGCUCCCUGCGCGUGCGGACGGUGGAUGUGUACGAUGGGCUGAAGGACCAGUGGAGCUCUGUUCCCAGCAUGCAAGAGCGCCGCAGCACUUUAGGAGCAGCUGUACUGGGGGACCUGCUGUACGCUGUCGGGGGCUUUGACGGGAGUACAGGUCUGUCGUCAGUGGAGGCGUACAACCCCAAGGCUAAUGAGUGGAUGUUUGUGGCUCCCAUGAACACCAGGCGCAGCAGUGUUGGGGUGGGAAUGGUCGACGGAAAGCUUUAUGCUGUUGGAGGUUAUGACGGAGCGUCCCGGCAGUGUUUGAGUACUGUAGAGGAGUAUAACCCGGUCAGUAAUAAGUGGUGCUAUGUGGCGGACAUGAGCACUAGACGCAGUGGAGCUGGUGUCGGAGUGCUCAGUGGACAGCUGUAUGCUGCAGGUGGACAUGACGGGCCUCUGGUGAGGAAGAGUGUGGAGGUCUAUGAUCCUGCCACUAAUUCCUGGAGACAGGUGUGUGACAUGAACAUGUGCCGAAGGAACGCAGGAGUGUGUGCCAUAAACGGUUUACUGUAUGUGAUUGGAGGAGACGAUGGCUCGUGCAACCUGUCCUCUGUGGAGUACUACGACCCUGCUGCCGAUAAAUGGAGUCUCAUUCCCACCAACAUGAGCAAUGGACGCAGCUACGCAGGGGUGUCAGUUAUUGACAAGUCAUUAUGACAAAAAGUUUUGGGCAGCAGGUCUCUUCGCACCUGUCGAGGGCUGAGCUAUGACAGACAGACGGUGAUUUAAGACAGGUGCUCGAAGCUCUCCAUCUCAAAGCCUGGCUGCCUCAGAAACACACACACACACACACACACACACACACACACUAAACCCUGACCUCUUCCAGUCUCCAGAAAGUGCCAUUUAGCCCUGUUAUUAACAGAGAGGCUGUGAGGUCGCCCAGUAUAGUGUGUAUUAAAUGAGACCUCGUGUAUAAUCUGCUAGGACAGAGUACGUAUGUGAUGCCUACAUGAUGAGCUGAUGCAGGUGAAGAUUGUGCCAACAGAGGCCUCUCUGCCUGCUUUACUACUGACUGACAACGCUCUGAACAAACACUCGCAUCGCAGGAACAGUCGAUCUGAUGUCAAAACUGUUUCUCCGGGCUAACACUAAUGCAUAUCACGCCCUUUAAAGCGGAUCAGGACUGGAUAUCACUAACUUCUGUUGGUUUGGUUACAGGGUUACUUUAUGUUCAUGUGAAAAGUAUUAUGGGAACAAGCCCAUAAGUUGUUUUAACCAGCUGCUUUCGUGCCAUAUAGUAUUGAGGAUGUUAAACUGCGAGAACCGAUCAUAUAAAUCUCACAGGGUAAAGGUAUGGUCACAUUUCAGCUUGAAAUUUCAACUUGAAUCCAUUGCGAAGAGCACAUUGAUUCCUAUUGAAAUGACUGGAAUUCGCUUGUGGAAAUUUGAUGAACAACAGUAAAUGUGACCAUACCAGUUAAUGUGCCAAAUGUAACUCAUAAUACUGUAUGUUAGUUACUUGUACACAAGCACUCUUCAUGAUGCAGUUUGGUGUGCAAUCGUCCAUGUUGGACACACGGAGUCUUUCUUUGAUCACGAUAACUCUCUCUAUAGAUGCGGUCACUGAAAUAGCACUGGCUUGGUGUCUUUUUGGUAAAAUUGCACUGUUCAUCUUAUUCAGUAGAGCUGGUACUGUUUCAGUCGGAGGUAAACACCAAGAUAGCACAGGUUCAUGUCAAGUGCACUUGACUGGGUAAUUUGCAUCUGUAGUUCAACAGAACUGGACUUUGAAAGACUGUUUUAUUUUUAUUUAAAAAUAUUAAGCUUUCUCAUUGUUAUAGGAUCUGUAAAGCUUCACUGUAGACCAUUCCUGUUUACAAUACUGAUCAUUGUGAAAAGAAAACGAAUUUAGUUGGUAACAAAUAUGAAUUAUUAACAAAACACUCAACAUUCCCAGCUCACAUAUCACAUUCUCAUUCAUGACCUACUUUCUUUUUAAUUUGGAUAUAUACUGAUCUGAAAGUCAUACUAUGCAGUAAAACAUUGCUUUUAAGGUUUUUGCUGUUCCCAGUUACUCAGAGUUUAUUUUGUGCUAUGCCUGGUGUAACUACUGCCAUUACAUUUGAUGUCUUUACACAUCAUGAUCCACAACUCUAAAACUAUGACAUUCCAGUGCAGGGCAUCAUCUAUGGAUUAUGCACGAAUGUGGUUUGUGAACAAGGUAUUUAUGUAUUUCUAAACAAAAUGUAU